AUGUUGAGUAAUUGGAUGCAUGAUAAGACAUUAGUGCUCAUGAACACAUCUGGUAUUAGUGAUAUAAUCCUCUGGGCUGGUUUUGUCUUUAUAGACCUGUUCUUUUGUGUUGUUUCUUCUUUGAUUUUUGCAAUUUUCGAAACAACGCACGAUGCAUACAGAAGUGCUAAAGUUAACUUCGGAGAAUUGUAUGCAUUUCUUCUACUUGCGUCUUUUUCCCUUUAUUUUAUUGGAAUUUGUUUUGUUCCUCUUUUUAACACUCCUAAGAAGUUUGGAUUCCUCGUCCUUUAUUACUUGAUUACUGUAGAAGUUGGCUGGGCCAUAGCCAUAAUCCCUGGCUUCCAAUACCAGCAUUUAGAUUUAGUAUUUCCGGCUUGCACUGUACAGAGCUAUUUCUCUAACAUGGGCCAAGCUGAGAUAGAUCCUGAUCAUCCAUACGUAGUUCAUUCGAACAAAACUCUUAUUGCUGCCUUAGUUGUUCAAAUUAUUGUUUUAACUUUUAUUUUCGUGUUCAUGAUUUUGAUAGCCCCGAAAAAAUGGGGUAUUCCUGAGAUAGGAAUAACAAAAAUGUUCUCUCUGUCGGCUUGGAAAAGGUUCUUCAAGUUCAAAAAUGACGUAGUCCCUGCAAAUUUAGGUGACACCCCCUAUCUUUCUGUUUCGAACCUCACAAAAGUAUAUACAGGUAAGAAAACAAUAAAAGCUAUUGACUCUCUUGACUUCACUGUAGGUCGUGGAGAAACAAUUUUGAUUAUAGGUCCAAAUGGAAGCGGAAAAACUACAUUAUUAUCUUCAUUAACAGGAGCAAUUCCAUGUGAUGAAGGAAAACUCAAGGUGAAUGGUUUCAAUGCUGACUUCAUUGACCUCCAGAAGUGUACUGGCUUCUGCUACCAAGAAAAUGUAUUUGCAGAAGGAUUGAACGUUAAGCAGCACCUACAAUUCUUCGGCCGAUUAAGAGGAGCUUCAAAGGAAGAGAUCCAAGACCAUAUUGAUUAUAUUACCUCCAAACUUGGAAUCGAAGAUCUUUUGAACAAAGACCCUGCAAAGCUCUCUGGCGGUCAGAAGAGGUGUGUUUCAGUCGCAAUGGCCUACAUUGGCGCGCCACCGUUAGUAAUCUUGGACGAACCGACAUCUGGAGUUGAUGUCUACCGAAGACAGCUUCUUUGGAAGAUUGCCUCUUACUUUGAGAAUACCACUACGCUCAUUGCAAGCCACAGUUUGGAAGAAGGCGAAAGCGUCGCAAGUCGAAUUUUCGUGAUGGACGGUGGAAACCUAAUUUUUAUGGGAACCCCUUCAGAAUUACGUGCUAAAUAUAAAUGUGGAUACAGAUUGAAGUUUUUGAUGGACGAUGAAACACAAGUUGUAGAUAAAGCUGAAGAAGUGCUGAAACUCGUUCAGCAAACAGUCCCAAGUGCUGUUUUAGACUAUGAAAUGGCAGAUUCAAUUAUGGUUCCUGUUUGUGAUCAAGUUCUGAAAUUGCUCAAAAUUAUGGAUGAAAGUGUCAAAGAAUUGGGAAUAAAUGGAUACACUAUCACCGUUGAAGCACUUGAACACAUUAUGUUGAGAAUGAUCGCAGACAAAGAUCAAGACAUGUCAGGAAAUAAAUUUAAUUAA